AUGGGCACAAUACUAGCAGCAUUAAAGACUGUUGUAACAAAUCGAGUUCAAGUUGGCCGUCUUAAGCUUCAUCCAUUGGAUUUAUUGUUACGUAUGUCACCAUUGGCAUUUGUUCAAACCGUAAUUUAUGCUUAUGUCACUGGAGAAUUACAUAGAGUUAGAAAUUUUGAAUAUAUUAAUGAUAAUGAAUUGAGUUUGACAAAAGAACGUUUAGAUGAUGAUGAAAUAGUCCAAAUGGUUUUGGAUGAAGCAAACAAUGUAAAUAAUGAAUCAGAAGGUGAAGAUAUUGAUGAACUGAAAGUCAUUGCAACCAAUGAAGAUGCUUUGAAAGCA